UCAAAGCCAUAGGCUACCGAUGGCCAGACACCAGUGACCAAGAGAUGGCUGCCUACACGCUUCUGUAUCUAUUUAUAGCAACAUGUGUACUUGGGACUGAAAUUAACGGCUUGUUGGAAACACAAUCAUCCGAGUCUCGAGAACGUAACGUUGUCAUCCCUAAACUUCUCCAGGAACGAGUCAAGAGACAUGAACAGCGCGAAAAAUAUUCUCCUGAGGAGAGGCACCCUGAGCGCCUGGUGUACUCGCUGAGGGUCGGCGGCGGCGACCGCACUCUUCUGCUGGAGAAGAACAGGGACUUCCUGUCAGCUGAUUUUGUGGAGUAUUCCCACGGUCUGCAAGGCAAAGUGGCUCAGAGGACACCGACCAAUCACGUGCCCUGUCAUUAUCAUGGCUAUGUGGAGGGUGAUGAGGAGUCACUGGUAGCCCUCAGCGCCUGUGCAGGACUCCGGGGUGUGGUCUAUGUGGAUAACCAUGGCUAUGGGCUGGAGCCGGUUCCUGGGUCUGGUUCUGGUGAGCACUUCCUGUAUGAUCUGGACCGGGCCGCAUCAUCAGAGCCGUUUGUGUGCGGCGUCUCCAACAGCACUGAGCACACGGAACACCACACACUGGCCACCCUCCUCAGGAGCAAGAGGAACCUCCCACAGACGCGCUACGUGGAGCUGGUGCUGGUCAUCGACAAGCUGAGGUACGACGUUAAGAAGCAGAACAUGACGGCUGUAAGAGAGGAAGCAGUACAGCUGGCCAACCUGCUGGACGGGUACUAUAAGCGGCUGAAUGUGCGUAUAGUGCUGGUGGGCUUGUGGGUGUUUGAGCAGGAGAACCCCUUCAGUGUUGAGGGGUCCCCGGGGGACGUAUUGGGGCGCUUUGUCACCUGGAGACGCACCGUUCUGCUCCCCACCAAGAGACACGACGUGGGCCAGCUCAUAGUAGGGCGACCAGGAGCGUACGCUGGUGGGGUGUUGGGCAUGGCCUUCGUUGGAACCGUGUGUUCUGUGCACAAUGCUGGAGGGAUCAAUGUGUUCAGUGGUUCCGAUGUGGCGGGCUUCUCCACGGUUCUGGCCCAUGAGCUGGGCCACAACCUGGGCAUGGGCCACGACUCCAGCGGCUGCACCUGCGGCGACGACGACGACCGCCGCUGCAUCAUGGCAUCGUCCGCAGGGGGAGCGGCGGUGUUCAGCGACUGCAGCGGCGACUUCUUCACGCGAUUGGUCCUUGGGGGCGGGGGGGCGUGUCUUAUGAACCAGCCGCCGCCUUCUGAUGUCGUCAGCGUAGCCGUCUGUGGCAACGGAGUCCUGGAGAAGGGAGAACAGUGUGACUGUGGAACACCAGAGGAGUGUAAGAGCCGGUGCUGUGAUGCGUCCACCUGUCGUCUGACGUCGGGCUCGGUGUGUGCUGAAGGAGAGUGCUGUCACAACUGCCAGUUGAAAGUGGCAGGUAGUCAGUGCAGGAGCUCAGAGAACCAGUGUGACCUGCCUGAGUUCUGUAACGGCUCGUACGCGUUCUGCCCGGGAGAUUUCUACCACAUGGACGGCACGCCCUGCGCCAGUGGCCAGGCGUUCUGCUACGAGGGACGAUGCCAGACCUACGACUACCAGUGCAAACACCUGUUCGGCCCAGAGGCCACUAAAGCGCAUGAGAAAUGCUUCAGCGUGGUCAACACCAGAGGAAACAACUUUGGAAACUGUGGAUUCAGCGGCUCUAAACUGAUCCCCUGUGCUGUGGAAAACGUGAUGUGCGGAAAGAUCCAGUGCACCAACUUCGACUCCAACAACCCGCCCACGGGCGUGACCGUCACCACGGAGAAGCUAGAGGAGGGCGUGGUCUGCAAGAACGCACACUACAACCUGGGAACCGACGUACUAGACCCCGCCUACGUCAACCAGGGCAGUGUGUGCGCCCCGGGAAAGGCCUGCCUGAGCUUCAAGUGUGUGAAUGACUCCGCCUUGAUUCAGGACACCACCUGCACUGCCAAAGAGACGUGCAAUAGCAAGGGGGUGUGCAAUAACGAGGGGAACUGCCACUGUGAUGCCGGCUGGGCCCCCCCCCAUUGUGACCGCGCUGGACGAGGAGGCAGUGAGGACAGUGGCCCCGCCCAGAUCGACCACUCUCUGCGUGACGGGCUGCUGAUCUUCUUCCUGCUGGUGGUUCCUCUGCUGCUGCUGCUGGUGCUGGUGCUGCUCUACGUCUACAGACCACACACACUCCAGCCCUGCCUUAGAGCAGUGCAGGCUAAACCAUACAGGCCCCGUGAUGCUCCAUCUCAGGCCAACGGCAACCUGCAGAGAAGCACCUCUCCUCAAGCACACACACAGAUGCCCCCCACCAACCCACAGCCGUUCCCCCCGUAUGUGUCCGAAGCAGCAGUCAGCUAUGAUCCCUGGGAGAGCGGUGAUGCUGGUUCUGUUGCUGUAGCACUUCCAAGGCAGGGACCAGGAGCCCCCCGCCCCAUCCCCCCCAAACACCUGCAAUAACCACACACACACACACACACACACAC